AUGAAGCUCCUGGCAGAGGGGGGAGCAGCCGAGUCUCUGCUGCACGAGAAAAAAGCAGGCGACGAGGAGUUUCAGGGAGAGCAGGAAGAGAAGGAGGAGGAAGAGAAGGAGGAGAAGGAGGGGGAAGAGAAGGAGGAGGAGGAGCAGGAAGAGGAAGGUCGCUACUGUGCGUGGGUGAGGAGGAGCAAGAUGGCCCAUAUGUGGGUUACCAAGGCCCCUGGACCUAUCUCCUCCCACUCGCUCUCUUCGUCCUCACUGCCAGCUGGAUUGCCGUCGGUGGGCUUAGCUGGCAGUGACGUGCUGAUGUGGCGAUCUUUCUACGCCAUGCGGGACCGUGCGUGGCGGGCGCACUACCGGGAGAUGUUCAACUGGAGCAUCAGGGAGAUUCUGUGUUGCAUGGGACGGGCUAGACCCUGGGACGAGGUAGAUGAUGAGGUGGACAUAGUGGCAUCGCUGCUGGGCGAUGUGAUGGCGUACAGAGCCGUGGGGGCCAGUCACCUGGAGCUGCUUGCAGGCCUCGCUCUUCUCCAAGCCAAUCGCCCGCCGCCAGCUGUCGAUGCCCCCACCUCCUCAUCCUCCUCUUCCCAACCCACCCAUCUCGACGCACUACCAUCCACCACCACAGCUACCCCUCUCUCCUCCACCUCUGCACCCUCUGUCUUCGAUUCCCUGAACGCCGGGCCCACUAUUGGACAUGGGCCGGGUCCAUUACUGGAUUUGGGGCGGUAUCCCUUCACCUUUGCAUGCGCGUGGGUGUGGAGACAAGGGAUGUUCUUUCCAUGGCAGCAGUCCAGGUACCCCGCACUGCAAGGUGACAACUGGUGGAGGGGGCAUGCGUCUGCAUUCCUCAAGUACCUCCACCUGCCGCCCUCCGCUCUCAGGAAGGCGCGGGUCCGACAGGAGGCAGCAGGGCAGGCAGUGUAUUUCGUGGUGGUGCUGCAUCAGCUGCGCCUGGUGGUGGUGGCAGUGAGGGGCACGGAGUCCCUAGAAGACAUGAUUAUCGAUGGGCUGGGGCGGGAAUGUCCACUCAGUGACGCGGAUAUGGGAGGGAUUGACAGGCAAUGCAAGGUGGUGGUGGUGGCAGUGAGGGGCACGGAGUCCCUGGAGGAUAUGAUCAUUGACUGGCUGGGGAGGGAGUGCCCACUCAGUGAUGCGGAUAUGGGAGGGAUCGACAGAUUGGUGCCUUACUUUGGCCAUGCGGGGGUGGUGACAGCAGCACGGGACUUGGCUCUGCAGCUGGAUAAUAUGGGGGAUGGUGAAGACGAGGAGGGGGAGGGGACUCUAGGAAAGGCAGGGAGUGUGGAGGAUGGGGGAGGGGAUGAAGAGGAGGGGUCGCUGCUGGGGCAGAAGGAGAGGAAGCGACCGAGAAGAGGUGAGUGCUGGAUAAUAUGGGGGAUGGGGGAGACGAGGAGGAGGGGAGGGAGUGUUGAGGAUGGGGGAAGGGAUGAAGAGGAGGGGUCGCUACUGGGGCAGAAGGAAAGGAAGCGGCCGAGAAGAGGCAUUCUGUCGGAGCUACUGGGUGAGGGCGGCGAGUGCGAGGGAUAUGGGCUGCGACUCGUGGGGCACUCCAUGGGCGGGGCAGUGUGCAGCCUCACUGCCAUCCGGUUGAGAAAGCGGUUUCCUGAGCUGCGCGCGAUAGGCUAUGGCUCCAUGCCCUGUGUGGACUUCGCCACUGCUUCUGCCUGCUCCAACUUCAUCACCACCUUUGUAUAUAACGACGAGUUCUCCCCGCGCCGCGCACAUCAGUGGCUUCAGUCAUGCGCCUGCGAGCAGCAGCGCUCCGGGCCCUCUCACGUGUGCCCUUCCCCCCCCAACCCACCAACCCCCCUCUGCUACAGCUUCGUAUAUAAUGAUGAGUUCUCCCCGUGCACGUCUGUAGCAUCAGUCAUGCGCCUGCGAGCCGCAGCGCUCAGAGACCCUCACCUGAUGCCUUUCCCCCGUUCCCUUCCCCCCUCAUCCCCUUACAGCUUCGUAUAUAACGACGAGUUCUCCCCGCGCACUUCAGUGGCAUCAGUCAUGCGCCUGCGAGCAGCAGCGCUCCGGGCUGUAGCAGCCGACAAGCGUGCAGGCGGGCUGCUGGGCACGGCUGUAGCGGCAGUGGGACCAGGCGCGCAGAGGCUUCGCUGCAGCAUCCCACUCCCCCGCUUACUGCAUUUUCCCCUUCUCCCCUGCAUUUUCCCUUUCUCCCACUCUCUCCUUCCCCCAACCCCCUACAGCUUCGUAUAUAAUGACGAGUUCUCCCCGCGCACGUCUGUAGCGUCAGUCAUGCGCCUGCGAGCAGCAGCGCUCCGGGCUGUAGCAGCCGACACGCGCGCCGGGGGUCUCCUGGGCACGGCUGUAGCGGCAGUGGGGCCGGGCGUGCAGGCAGGAUCAGCCGGAAUGAGGGCUGCGGCAGUGGAUCGGUUGCUCUCGCAACUCUUCACCCUCCCGUUUGGAAGAGGCCGUGGGGAUGAAGGUAAAGAAAGGGGUGGGGUGGGGGCGGUUGGGGAUGGGGUGGAGGGAGCAGGGUCGGUAGGGCAGGAGUUGGGGCUUAGUAACCGGAGUGGGGGUGCGGAGGGAAGGGAGGAGGAAGGGGAGCAGCAGCAGAGAGAGCACGGGAAGCCGAAACUGCAAAGGAUGGCUAGCUUUGCGAGGACUGCUGCAGCAUCUGCAGCGUCUGCUGCUUCUGCUGCAGCUCAUUCCGCGCAAACCGCUCUGCACCACGCUGCACACCUCUCGGCCCCGCACCACCACCACCACCACCAUCACCACCACUUUGGCUUUCACAGGCACUGGAAGCAUCGAGAGGAGGAGGAGGAAGAUGAGGUGUUGUACCAUGGGUUGCAUAUCCCAAGGCAAUGGAAGGGGCUGGGUAUUAUUCCCACUACCAAACAAACUCGUGCCACUGGUGGUGGUGCUGCUGCUGCUGGUGCUGCUGCUGCCGCUGCUGCUCCUACUGCUCCUGCACUUGCUGGUGGUGCUGCUGUUGCUGCUGGGGCUGCUGGGUCUGCUAGGGCUGUGGUUCCUGCUAGUGUUGGUGCUGUUGCUGCUGCUGGUUGGUCUAGGCUGACGGGAUAUGCCAGGGAGGAUUAUGCUUCCCUGUUAGAGUAUUGCCAGGCUAAGGGGGAUAAGGACGCACAGGAUUGGCUGAGAGAAAACGUCAUGCCACGUCAUCGGAAGAAGAAAAAUCUCUGGGGUGGGUGGGGUGGGAGGAGAGGGUGGAGGGGGAGGGAUGAGGAGGGGAAGAUUGGGGGUGACGGGGAAGGGGUGGGGAGGAGUGGUGAUGAGGAGAGAGGAGUGGCUGGAUUCAUUGUAUCCGCCAGCAAGCACGGCCACUGCCGCACCAAAAUCGAGCUUCUACAGCAGCAACAUCAUGCAGAUGCUGCUGCGGCUGCUGCUGCUUCUGCUUCUGCUUCUGCUUCUGCUUCUGGUGAUAGUGCAAGCGAGCAUGUCCAUUCCCGCACCAAAAUCGAAUUCCCAGGGCAGGAAAGUUCUGAGCCGCCUGAAGAAGCAGAUGUUGCUGAUGGUCUUGCUGCUGUUGGUGCUAAUAUAGCUGCUGCUGCUGGUGCUGAUAACGAUUCUGCUGGUGCUAGUGGUGGAGGUGCUGGUGUUGAUGAGGGUGGUGGUGGUGGUGGUGGUGGUGGUGGUGGUGGUGGUGGUGGUGGUGGUGGUGGUGGUGGUGGUGGUGGUGGUGGUGGUGGUGGUGGUGGUGGUGGUGGUGGUGGUGGUGGUGGUGGUGGUGGUGGUGGUGGUGGUGGUGGUGGUGGUGGUGGUGGUGGUGGUGGUGGUGGUGGUGGUGGUGCUUUUGCUGCUGCUGCCGCUGCCGCUGCUGCUGCUGCUCCUUCUGCUGCUCCUGCUUCUCCUCCUGCUCCUCCUGCUCCUCCUGCCACCACCACUCACUCACGCGCUCUUCCUCCCCUCCCUCCUGCUACUGCCGCCCCUCCCUCCCUUCCAGCAGCACGCGCUAGCAGCAGCGACGCUGUUGGGAGGACGGAUAGUGAUGGGAGCGGAUUGACAGAAAGCAACGAGAAAGCUGAUACCGCCUCUCCUGCUGAUGCCGCCUCUGUUGAUGCAUGCACCGGGGAGGGCGGCUGCAGGGAAGACAGCAGUGCAACAAAGUCACAGGAACAGAAUCACCACCAGCAGCAGCAGCAGCAGCAGCAGAAUCACAAGGCAGCACCAGAGAACCUCCCAGCAGCGCCAUCACCCUACAAGCUCCCUCCGUUGCAUCACGGGCGCAUGAAACGGUCCCUCUCUCUCCUCUCCCACCUCCCCCGCCGCAGCAGCAGCGCCAACGACGUUGCACUUGCUGCAGCCGAUGCUGACGGUGGUGGCAGUGGCGGCAGCAGUGGUGGUGGCUGGAGUGGUGGCCUUCACUGGGGUGGGAGUGGAGGAGGAAGAGGGAACCAAAGGAGCGGUGCUGCUGGUGGUGCUGGUGCGAGGAGGAGUGCGAGUGGCGGUGCUGGUAACCGCAUGUGUGGGGGUGUUACAGAUGUCAGGAGCAGGCCGGCUUGGCUGGUGGAGCAGGAACAGGAGUUUCCGGGGGAGGUGUAUGUGCUCGGCAAGGUUGUGCAUAUAGUGAGGGAAGAGGUUAGACCUGCCACGUCAGCAGUGCGGACAGUGAAGGAGGAUAAAGCUGCCACAUCAGCAGUGCAGACAGUGCGGGAGGAUAAGGGUGCCACGUCAGCAGCCGGUCCGCCUGAGGCUGACGCAGCGCCUGUGAGGAUCGAUGUGGGCAAUGGGAAUGACGGUGCGAUCUGCAUUGAUGUUAUACAAGGUGAUAUUAACGAAGGUGAUCGAAACGGAGGAGCCCGACAAAACGGGAACGAAUGGGCGAGAAGCAAGGAUGAGGGGCGUGAAGGGGUUGAGAUGGGUGAGAGGAGUGGGGGGGGCGAGAGGGGAGAGAGGGGUGAGGGGGGUGAGGGGGAUGAGGGGGUUGAGGGGGGGGGCAAAGCCAGGGGUUCAGGAAUGGGCGAGAUGCAAGGCGGGAUGCAAGGCGGGGUGCAAGGGGGGUCACAGGAGGAGAGGGUGUUGGAGGCAGCAGCAGCCAAGCCGGGGUUGCUGGAGUCGUUUCGGUCACUGGCAGGCAACCCCUUCGCCUCCUCACGCCACCGCGCUCGCUUCAUUCCUCGGGAGUCGCUGAGAGAUCUUCUCGUGUCGCCCUCCAUGUUCCUCGACCACCUCCCUUGGAGGUACGCCCUUCUUCUGCUAUCAUUUCGUGAAACACAUUCCCCGGCCAUGGCUCCCAAGAAAGGCGAUUCCGCCGGCGGAACGAGCGGCAAAGGCGGUAAAGCGGGGUCAGGCAAGCCGGCCGCCGCGGACCGGAAAAAGUUUUCCGUCAGCAGCAUAGUGGUGGAGGAGAAAGGUAAAGGCGAAAAGAAACCGUCCGUCGCCUCUUCCGGCGGCGGCGGCGGCGGCGGCGGCGGCGGCGGCGGAGGGAAGAAAUCGCGCGCUCCGCCGAGCAAAAAGCCGCAAGACGAUUACCUCGCGGGCGUCGAUCUCCCGCCGUCCGAUGACGAGGAGGAAGAAAUAAUGGACGGCGCAGAUGAUGGGGAGUUUGUUGAAGACGACGAUAUUGGCGGAUCCAAGGCGGGGAGGGGUCGCGGGCUUGUAACGGGGAUGGGUAGCUUGCAGAUGUCGGAUAAGCAAGCGAAGAAGAAGAAGGAGAAGGAGCUUAUGAUUGAGCAAGCCCAGGAAGAGGCGCGUAAAGAGGCUCUUAAAGCGGACGACGCUAACGCGUUUUCCGUCACUCUCGGUUCCCGAGUCGCGGAUGACCCUUCGGAAGACGCGGACGGCGCGGCGGGAACUGCGGCCGACGCGAACGUGCGGGAUAUUAAAGUGGAGAACUUUUCGGUCUCGGCGCGCGGGAAGGAACUAUUCAGGAACGCGUCGCUAACUAUCGUCCACGGAAGGCGGUACGGGUUAGUGGGUCCUAACGGCAAGGGUAAAUCGACGGUGAUGAAGCUGCUUGCGCGGCGGCAGCUGCCGGUGCCACGUGGCAUUGACGUGCUCUUAGUGGAGCAGGAGGUGGUUGGGGACGAAAGAUCCGCGUUAGAAGCUGUCGUGACUGCAGAUCUGAAGCUGGUGAAGUUACGCGAGGAAGAAGCGCGGUUACGAGCGAUUUUGGAUAAAUAUUCGCAUGCGGAAGGGGAAGGGGAGGAAAAGGAAAAGCAGGUAGAGAGUAGCGAGACGCCGGAAGAAACGGGGGAGAGUGGGACGACAGGGAAAGCGAAAGGGAAAGGGAGGAAGAAGGGCGCGCAAGCAGCAGCAGCAGCUGCUGCUGCCGCCGCCACCGCCGCCGCAGCCGCGACUGCGGAGGAGGAGGAAGACGAGGCGAGCGCAAGCGAGAAGCUCGCGCACGUGUACGACGAGAUGCGGGAGAUCGGCGCGGAAGCGGCGGAGGCGCGCGCGUCGAAGAUCCUCGCGGGGUUAGGGUUUACGAAGGACAUGCAGGCACGGUCGACGAAAUCCUUCUCCGGGGGGUGGCGCAUGCGAAUUUCGCUCGCGCGCGCGCUUUACGUGCAGCCGACGCUGCUACUGCUGGACGAGCCUACUAAUCACUUGGAUCUUAGGGCGGUCUUAUGGCUGGAGGAGUAUUUGAUGAGGUGGAAGAAGACUUUAAUCGUCGUGUCGCACGAUCGCGACUUUCUUAACUCUGUCUGCACGGAUAUCAUUCACCUGCACGACGAGAAGCUGUUCUUGUACAAGGGUAACUUCGAGGGGUUCGAAGAAAUGUACGAGCAGAAGCGGCGGGAGAACAACAAGAAGUUUGAGGUGUAUGAGAAGCAGCUCAAGGCAGCGAAGCGGUCCGGAAACAGGCAGAACCAGGACAAGGUGAAGGACCGGGCCAAGUUCAAUGCGCAGAAGGAGGCUCGGAAGGGCGGCAAGAAGAGUGCCAGCUCAGCAGGCGACGCGGACGACGACACGCCAGCCGAAGCCCCCAAGAGAUGGCGGGACUACGCCGUCGAAUUCCAUUUCCCCGAACCCACCGAACUCACUCCGCCUCUGCUCCAACUCAAAGAAGUCUCCUUCUCGUAUCCCAACCGGCCGGAUUUCGCGCUUUCGGAGGUGGAUGUGGGAAUAGACAUGGGGACGAGGGUUGCGAUUGUCGGGCCGAACGGGGCGGGGAAGUCGACGCUGCUGAAUUUGCUCGCGGGGGAUUUGCAGCCGACGCAGGGGGAGUCUAGGCAGAGCCAGAAGCUUCGGAUCGGGCGGUAUUCGCAGCAUUUUGUGGACCUUCUGGCGUUUGACGAGACUCCAGUAGAGUAUUUGCUCCGGUUGUACCCGAACCAGGAGGGCCCGAGCCGGCAGGAGGCGGUUCGGAGCAGGCUCGGGAAGUUUGGGCUGCCGAGCCACAAUCAUCUGACGCCGAUCGUGAAGCUGAGCGGAGGGCAGAAGGCUCGGGUGGUGUUUACGGCGAUCAGCAUGGCCCGACCGCACAUUCUGCUUCUGGAUGAGCCGACAAACCAUCUGGACAUGCAGAGUAUCGAUGCUCUGGCAGAUGCAUUAGACGAAUUCACCGGAGGUGUGGUGCUGGUGUCUCACGAUUCGCGCCUCAUCUCGCGCGUGUGUGACGACGAGGAGAGGGCCGAGAUCUGGGUCGUGGACGAUGGCACAACCAAGAAGUUUCCGGGAAGCUUCGAGGAUUACAAGCAGCAGCUGAUCAAGGAGAUUAUUGCCGAGGUGGAGGACUAG